CUUAGCGUUGUUGAGUAAUGGAUCGAGCCUCCGCGGACCUUAGAUAGAACGAAGAGGACGCAGCAGUAGGGAAAUGAGUGUAUAUAAGGUAUGCUUGUCAUGGACACGUCUCUCUGGACCAAAUCAGCAUCACCUCACAGCAGCAACAUCAUAAACAUUCAAAAGUACUUCUAGCUCCUUCCAAGUUUUUCAGUCCGUCACCAUGAAGGAAGUCAUUAUUCAGCCCUCUCUCGACGCGUUCGAGGUUAUCGAAUCUCCUAUUCCGACCCCUAAAGACAAGUUCAUUGUUAUCAAAGUCGUCGUCUCGGGAUCUAACCCAAAGGACUGGAAACAUCCCUACUGGAACGGAACUCCCUUUAACACCGGCGAUGACAUCGCCGGAAUCGUCCACUCGGUCGGCAAGGACGUUUACGAGUUCAAGCCCGGCGACCGCGUAUGCGCGUAUCACGAAGCUAUGAAUGUAAACGGGUCUUUUGCAGAGUACGCCACCGCCCCUGACUGGGCGACAUUUCAUCUGCCGCACAACGUGUCCUUCGAAGAGGCUGCAACCAUUCCCACAGCAGCUUAUACCGCCGUGGUGGCUCUGUAUAUCGAGCUGAAGCUUCCGGCUCCUUUUGAUCUGAGGGGGUUCCCGGAGGGGAAGAAAGUGCCUCUCCUCAUAUACGGGGUCACGUCAGCCUGCGGCGCGUUUGCCGCCAAACUUGCUCGACUCUCGGGGAUCGGUCCUAUCAUCGGAGUAGCUGGCAGAGCUACCGACUUCGCAAUGACCUUGGCCGACCACGUCCUUGAUUACCGCAAGGGCGAGGACGCAUUAGUUGCCGGCGUGCAAGAGAUCCUCGCCAAGGAAGGUCUAGGCGACAAGGUCCCGUACGUUUUCGACGCAAUUAGCGAGGGGGAGUCGUUCGAAGUAGCCUCUCGAGUUGUCGACCAGAACGGCGGUAGAAUUACCACCGUACUGCCAUACCAGUUCUUCGCCAAUGCCCGUGAGAACUUCAGGUUUCCGGAUGGCGUGGAGGCUUCCAAUACGGUUGUUCUCAGAGUCUUCACGACACACAAGGACGUCGGAUAUAUCUGGUCCAGAUAUUUCGGACGUCUGUUGGAAGCUGGGAAGCUGAAGGGCCAUCCGUAUGAAGUUAUACCGGGUGGGCUAAACGGUGUUUUGAUAGGUUUGAACAAGCUAAAGGAUGGACAGGCUAGCGGAUUGAAAUAUGUCUACAAGAUUGAGGAGUCUGGCGAUGUCACUACCGGGCUACACAAAUUGGAUCCUGCCCUGGUGUCCCACAAAAAUGCCCGGAAGGUUGAAGAGUUCUUCAAAUUCAAGUUUCCUUCUGAAUAA